AUGGAAAUGUUGCAGCCGCUCAAGCAAUCUCUCAACAUGGAUCCCAGCCCCAUUUCUCCCAGGUUGCAGAACAUGCCCAGCCCGAGCAAGGCCAGUGGGGUUACCACCUCUUGGGGCAACAUUCCUCAUGGAGGCCGACCUUCACAGACCUCGGUCAACGGCAGCAUGGUCACCGUUGACGAAUCGGUUGUGGCGUCAGACCGCCAACGAGCUCAGGAUGAAAUGGAAAUGCUCUAUGCGGCAGUUAUGGAGCAUGAUGCCCAGAAGGCCUCCGGAGUUAGUGUCGCCGCGAGAGAUGCGGACUCGCAGACCAACUCUCCGGAUAGCCAGUACACCAAUCCGUUCACCGAUCGACAUGCAUCGCAGGCCACAGAACACUCGUACAGAGAGCCAUUACAGUCUCCUAAGUCUCCCAAGUCGAGUGGAUCUCGCCUGUCCAAGCUGUUCAGCUCAAAGUCGCAAUCAAAUCCCGACGGAGGCAAGCUGCGGUCUCCCCGAUUCCCCCUCCGCAAGCUGGGGAUUUCCUCGCCGCUCGCUUCACCAGAUAGGAGCGCAUCUACGUCUUAUGGCCAUGAGCAAGCACCUCUCUCUCCGCGAUUUUAUAACCCCGGGCCCCCUCCAACUGCGCCGCGACCAGGUCCUGCGACAGCACAGAUAAUGCCUCCCACUGGUCAAAUCCGUGCACCACCUACUCCCCUAAAUCUGUCCACUGUGGGCCAGCCUCCGUCUAACCUGCCAUUCCGUGAUGCAUAUCCCUUACAAAGCGCACCGGCAACGAAGACUACCAUUUUAGAACGCCCGAUGAAGACACGUAAUGGACCAGUCACCGGCAUGCCUACACCAUACAGUGCUUACAUGCCCUUCACCCCAGUAACACCAUUCACACCUGGGCGAACAGUGACAAAGCGCGAGCGCAGACGCGAAGAGCGUGAAAACGGCCUUCGAGUAUUGAACGAAGAUGAUUUGGUCAAGGAUGACAAGGACAUGUGGGGAUGA